AUCGUAUCUGUAGCGGUAGCGAAUAGCGUCACUAACGAAAGGGGCGACAAGUGCCACGGUCGAACUAUUUACUUGAAUCUGUGUGCGAGUUGAUUUAGUGUGUGGGUCAAAGCGAAGGGGCAAAAAAGAAGUCAUCCUAGGAAUCAUUGCCAUCACACUAAAGAACACGAUCAUUCAUCUUUCUAUCGGUUCUUGCAAAUGGAGCACAGUCAUAAGAAUACCGACUGUUAUUUUUUCUAUUACUCAACAUGCACAAAGGGUGAUAACUGUCCAUUUAGACAUGAACCAUCUGCCUUGGGUUGCGAAACAAUGUGCGUAUAUUGGAAGCAGGGCAAAUGCUUUGAUGAACAUUGUAACUUUAGGCAUAUGGAAUUAAGAAAAAAUCGCAAGUCGAUCCCAUGUUAUUGGGAAACACAACCUGGCGGUUGUAGAAAACCACACUGUUCAUUUAUGCAUAAAAACGCUCGUACAAUUACUAAUGAUCCUAUUAAUCCAGUAAAAAAUUUUGAUUUAACAUCAAAAACAAUGAAUCAAGAAUGGUCAAAUCGUCAAGAUGACACAAAAUAUGAUGGUAGUAGUACUGAGUCAGAUCAAGGUAGAGGAAGCAGUGAAGCAGGCAGUUUUAUUGGCAGUCCAGCUGUUGAUCCUCUUAUCGUCAAAUUUGAAGAAGAAUCGGACAAUGAAAGUGUACCGUCUCCGGUAAAGCCGCAGCUGAGGGUACCAUACUGCAAAACAUACGAGGAGAUUCGUCUGGAGGAGAUUCAAGCCGAAAGCGCCGCCUACUAUUCCUAUCAGACUGAAGACUAUCACAGUGAUGUUGGUGGCGGGAAGAUCAAGACUCGUAGGACCAAACAAAUCUGUCGGUAUCUGACAAUGAACAACGAUUCGAGCGACAAAAAAGGAUUGGACUUCGAGGUCCUCUCACUGGAUGAAAUUCGUCGUCGAAAAUACAAAGGUUUUGAAGAAAAUAAAAUCAGAAGCACAGAAUCGAUGGAUUCAAUCAAUACAAAGGAAUCGGCAGAAUUUCUGAAAGACGCUGUAGAAACAGAAGCUGAAUUUAAAGAAGCAAUUUCUGUUAGAGGAGUGAAGAGACGCUUGGAAAAUGUAGAAGAGAACACUUCUAAGCGCAAAGUGAAGUGUAAUAACGAUCGUAGCGCCAUCUCGAGCAGUGUGCCGCCUGUGAAGCUCAGAAGAUCUCCAAAGAGGUUGAGUUUGCUACACAGUGAAGAACGAGAUGAAAAAAUUGGUCAAGAGGAGCAAAUCGAAGAAAAGAAAGAAGGAUCUGGUAGAAAUAGUCCCGAAUCAAGUUCUAUGGAAAGAUUGAACGAAUCAAAGUCGAUGAAUUCCAAUAGUAGACCUAGGAAAAAUGAAGUUGAGGUUAGGCUAUGUGAUAGCAGCACGAAUGAGGAUCAGGUGCAAUUAGAAAGAAGGGAAGGGAAGAAAUCGUUUGAUACGUACACUGUGGUGGAUUCUAAAGAAGCAGACAGUUUGUUGAAUGUAAAUGAAGAGGAUUAUUUGACAUUGGACAUGGCGUCGGAUGAUAUUUUGAAGGAUAUCGACGCGUUGCUAAAAGAUAAAACCUCGGUUUGGAGGAGAAGCUAAGGAACGUGUACUUAUGUGAAAAAUCGACUGGAAUAACAUUUGCUCAUUUUCUAUGGUUUGUUUCUCUUUCUAUCAAUAAUCGAUGAGUGGAGAAAUAAAAUUCUUCGGUCGACUUGCUUUCCACAUUUUCGAGCUGACUGAGGGAUUCUAUCUGGUUUUUUUUUUACCACAAAUGAGAUAAGUGAGACUGUCCAUAGAUAGAAUUUUGUCGUAGGUUGAUUCUUCAAUAGACGAAGAAGGUUUUUAGAUAAUUAUUGUACUAAUUAUCGUUGUGGAGACUAGUAAAAGGUGAGGAGAAUCGUAUUUUCGAAUUCGAUUGUUUCGUGGAGGCCUGUAUUCUAUUUAAGCUAUAUGGGCGUGAUUUAUUUCUGAAGGAAUGAAUGAAGAAUUUUAGAUUCUUGCGUGGUUAUUGAUCAAUACCUAAUAUUUUUGUUCUGAUUUAGCAGAAUAUACAGGGUAUCCCAGUAAUCAAGGUAUGAUUACAUAACACUCUACGUGAUAAAGCAAAUUGAAAAUAUAGAAUAACAUUUGCCAAACUUGUCAAAUAUACUUAAACUUUGCUAAUUCCAGGCUACGCAGGAGUAGAUAAUCGAUAUGAGGUUAUUCUAUGUGCGGAAAUAAUUACAGACUGUAGAAUACAAUUUUUUCAUCAAUUUCAGGAUCAAUUUCCGUUUCCGACAAUAUUAAAUUCGAUAAUUUGUUAAAUUUACGUAUUACAUCAAAUCAAUUUUUAAUUAAAUACGUUCGAAGCCUAUUUUCUUGAAAACGAGACUUUAAACGGAAGAAUUGUAUUCCACAUUUUUGUCUGAUUUUCGCAUGUGGAAUAAUUUCCUGCUGAUUGUUCACUCGCAUACUAAUAAGUAAUUAUUCAAGUUCACGUGUUGUAUCAAACAAAUUUUUAAAUUCGAUUUUAUUAACAAUGAAAAUUCCGUAUAAAAAACUUUUAUUUUAUAUCUUCGAGUUAUUUUUUACGUAGAAUCACGCAUUUGUUGAUUGUACUACGAUAGCUGGGAUUCUCUGUAUUCUUAGUAUUUCCAAUAUUUUUAAAAUUUAAUAUUCAAUUUCAUUCAACAUUUUUUCUUUUAUCUACUUAAUAUAAAAUAACUAAUAAUUGGAAAAAUGAAUGAUUGAUUUGAAAAUAUAAAUUAAUUUGGGAAAAAUAGUAUCGGUUUAAUGUUUGCAGAUGGUUCAUGGACCUUGCUUGUUUAUUAUUCCAGUAUUUUUUUGUUCGAUAUGAUUUUAAUACAAUGCUAUGUAUCUUAUUAUAUAGUUUCUGUGUUAUAAUAUUUGGUCACGAUGAUUACUCUCGGAAACGAAUGCAUUUCCACCUUUUUUAUUUAUCCUUCCGUAUUUUUCUUCUGAUUACUACGCGCGUUUUAUUUACUCGAACAAACGAGAUAAAAUUUCUUGUACAUCAUAUAUGUAUUAUAUUUAUAUACAGAGUGCAAAAAAAAUAAUGAUCUGAAAUUUUAAAAACUUACAAUACUUAUUAAGCGGAAUAAAAGAUGCUUAAUCAAUAUUGGAUCUAUAAUUAAUUUUAUCAACAAAAAUGUAAUUUUAUAUUUUCAAACAAUUUAGGUACUUACGUCUCGUGAUAAUACUAUUAUUAAAAUUUAUUAUAUAAAUCAAAUAUAAUAAAAUUUAAUAAUAAAAUUCACAUGUAAACAGAAAUAUUUAUCGAAAUUGAAAUUUAAGGAAAGAUACCACCAAUAUCAAUAAAAUAUCAUAGUUAACCGUAACAUUUUAUUAUUUACUUCAAAGAGACGUUUAAUUUGUUUUUCAUUUAUAUUCAAUAUUGUGUUAUCUUGUUUGAUAGAUAUAUACACAUUUUCUACUUUUAUAAUUCAACUACGUUAUUAAAUAAUGUAGUUGAUUAAAUUAAUAGAAUUAAGUAAAUUAAAUUUGGGGGCUAAGAUUAUAUUCUACACUAUCUACAAGUAUUAAUUUUAGAAUCAAUGUUGAUUGAACAUCUUUUGUUCUUUUUAGUAGAUAUCGUAAGUUUUUAAAGUGUAAGAUACUUGCUUUUUUAACAUUCCUAUUAUACAGGAUAACUCAUCUAAUUUUAAGUCACCAAAUGACUUAUAAUUCUGAUUUUUUAUAUGAAAUGUAUAUCGUUUUUGUUCUGAUCUAGCAGAAUAUACAGGGUAUCCCAGUAAUCAAGGUAUGAUUACAUAACACUCUACGUGAUAAAGCAAAUUGAAAAUAUAGACUUUUCUCUGAGAUGUCUUUUCUUAUAACAGUUAAAAUUACACGAUUAAUUUAAUUACUCUGUAUAUAAAUAAUUAAAUAAUUUAAACAAGAUGCUGAGAAUAUUUUAUUCUCGUGUAGAAUGAGAUAUUUAACGAAUAAUAUUUGAAUGCAUCUCCAUAUUUCCUAAAAAUAUGUUGUUAGAGAAAUAUCGCCUUUAAACAUAUUUUUUACUGUCCAACGUUUUUUCAAUUAUUUUUGAUUCAAAUUAUUUUUAUUUUAGAGGAAUACUUUUCGUCGUUUAACAUCAUUUGCAGAAUAUUAAAUGAUUAUCAAAAAAAGUUGAGACAAAUUAUAAAUAAUGUGUCGAGAUGAGUAAAUUUUUAAAUAAUGAUGCUUGUUAAUUAGUAGUAAAAACUAGAACAUUUAUUAAAUUAAAAAUAUUUGAAGAUUGGACUCAAAAUGUCAAUUAUAUUCUUCGUUGUGUAAAAUGAUUUAAAUUUCGUUUUCGCUAAAGAUUUUUCAAAAGCAGUUUCGAUUGAAAUUGAAUCGAGAUCAAGAUAUAAUUGAUUAUUAUAAAAUUACAGCAGGAUUAUUUUGUAUUCUAUGAAAAAUAAGAACAACUAAUAAGAUAGUAUCAAUGUGUA